AAAGAAUUUGUAGGUUAUAUAAAUCAAAGUUAAGCUCAAAUUUCAACAUGACCCGCAAGGAAAAGGAUCAGGGGAAGCGGAAGAAUGAUUGCGAGGAUGAGAAAAAGAAAACAGAGCUAGAGUGGAAACAUGAGGACUGUGCGCAGCCACUCGGCGAUGUGAGUAAGAUAACUGGCGAGAGACAAAAGAAAAAAAAUCAUUUCAAGGCAUUCAAGUUUCAUGACAAACAUUAUAAGCUGGAGGAUUCAGUGCUAUUGGUUUCAGAGGACCCAGACCGCAAGCCCUAUAUUGCCAUCAUAAAGGAUAUUUAUAUACCAAACAAAGAAAAAUAUGUGAAGCUUGAGGUACAGUGGUUUUAUCGUCCGGAAGAUGUAGAUAAAAAAUCUAUUGGAAAUUGGGAAUCCAAAGGUACAAGAAGCAUAUUCUACAGUUUUCAUCGCGAUGAGGUAUUUGCUGAAUCUGUGGAACACAAGUGUAUUGUGAAUUUCGUGCCAGAGGAUAAGCAAAUUCCAAACCGUAGAGAGCAUCCUGGCUUCAUCGUGCAAGAGGUUUAUGAUAUUGUGAAGAAAAAGCUAAGGAAGCUUAGUGAUGAUGACUUUGACGUGCAUCAAAAGCAAGAAAUUGAUCAUCUUGUGGCAGAGACGGUUUUAAGAGUUGGUGCUCUUCCUGACAUUGGGGAGGAAAACCAAACUACUAAGACUUCAAGUUGUAAAGGAUCUGUCCGGAAAAGGUAUAGCAGAAAAGCUGAGACAACAAGUCCUAAAACCAGACUGAAAUGUAAGUCGAUCUUGGAGGAUUUUGAAUUGUUAACUGGUAAUUUGGAUCGCGACAAGACAUUAGAUGAGCUUCUGAAAGCAUUUAAGCACAAGUGUCGUACAACAAAGAAACAUGAUGGUAAAUCUGAUUAUUACUGGCCAGAUGAUGUUGUUCCGGUUGUUCGAGCUCUUGAGCAGGUUUUGCAUGAUUCUUUUGGAGAAGAUAUGUCGAAGCAUAAACAAAAGUUGGAGAUUCUGACCGAUGAACUCAAGAUAUCACGAGUGCUAGCUUGGCGAAUUUUAGGUGGCGAAUUAAAACUUAAUCAAGUUAUAACGAUGACGCAGUAUGAGCUAAAGCGUGGUUUCACUUUUGAUGAAAUAACGGUCGACCUUGAUGAGUAAAAACUGAAGAAAGAUGCUCCAGUCUACCUCCAAAAGUGUUGGGC